CUGUGUUUGGGUCACUCUUACUUACCCGAGCCACUGAUGAGGACUAUUGUAGUACCCAUUGUUAAAAAUAAAACUGGGGACACAUCCGACAUGGGUAAUUACCGACCUAUCUCGCUUGCAACCACUGCAGCCAAGGUGUUUGAUAGUCUGCGGACGCCGGUGUACGCGUGUUUCCUCGACUUAUCGAAAGCUUUUGACCUGGUCUCAUACGACAUCCUGUGGGGCAAGUUGAGGGACGCGGGUGUGCCGGCGGAGUACACGGCUCUACUAAGAUACUGGUAUGCUAACCAGCGUAACCAGGUAAGGUGGGUUGGAGCUCUGUCGGAAGAAUACAGGCUGGAAUGCGGUGUAAGGCAGGGUGGCUUAAGCUCUCCACUCUUGUUCAACCUGUAUGUAAACCAACUGAUUGAACGACUUAGCAGCACACAUGUUGGCUGCCACAUCGAUGACAUAUGUGUCAACAACAUAAGCUAUGCUGACGACAUGGUGCUGCUCAGUCCUUCUAUAGCAGGUCUGAGGAAACUGCUUUUUAUCUGCGAGACAUAUGCGGAGGAGCAGGGCCUUAAAUACAACUCAAAAAAGAGUGAAAUAUUAGUAUUUAAGGCACCGAAACGGAAGCCACGACAUGUGCCACCCGUAUGUCUCGAUGGUUUACCUCUGAAAGUCGUACAGAAGUUCAAAUAUCUCGGUCAUAUUGUUACGAGCGACCUAGGAGAUGAUGAGGACAUUGAGCGAGAGCGCAGAGCGUUGUCGGUAAGGGGCAAUAUGCUUGCCCGCAGAUUCGCCCGGUGCACUGCAGACGUGAAAGUAACUUUAUUUAAAGCGUUCUGUCAGUCUUUCUAUACCGGUGGUCUGUGGGUGACUUAUACACGCCGGACCUACAGCGCCCUGCGUAUUCAAUAUAACAACGCUUUUAGAAUGCUGUUGAGGCUGCCGUGGCGCUGUAGUGCCUCUAAAAUGUUCGCAGACGCACACACUAAUGACUUUUUCGCCAUAAUGCGUAGAAAAGCAGCGUCUCUCCUGCAGCGCUUACGUACCAGCAACAACGGCAUCCUAAGGGUAAUUGCUGCCAGGCCCGACUGCCCCAUACUGCACCACUGUAUGACGGUAGCUAUUGGGCGAAAAAAAUAA